AUGUUAUUCUGGUCUGAUCUAUUGUUCGAUGCUUACAAGCAAUGGCAAAGCGGCGAACAGCUUUCCGGCGACGUGAAAGACUGUCAACGUGAUGAUGGAGAAAUUAACUGUUCAAGAUUACUUAUUAGGGCUAUUGUUAGUACAGAUGGCAAUGCAAAGGAAAAACCAGCAAAAUCAUCAAAUGAAGCCAAAAAUAAAGCUGCUGCCGAACCAGAUAUUACUAUCACAAGGCUUGAUAUCCGGGUUGGCCUCAUAAAAAAAGCUCAAAAACUUCUUGAUGCAGAUGAACUAUAUGUUGAAGAGAUUGACAUUGGUGAAGAACAGACCAGAAAUGUUGUCAGUGGGCUUGUCAAAUUUAUACCACUUGAUGAAAUGCAGAACCGAAAAGUCUGUGUUCUUUGCAACCUAAAGCCAGCAACCAGGAAGGGCAUUAAGUUUGAGUUGGUUGAGCCUCCCAGUUCGGCUCAACCAGGAGAAAGAAUUACAUUCCCAGGGUAUGAAGGUAGCUAA